UGCUCCAGAAAGUGAAUUUUUUUGUAGCUUCAUUGUGGUUCCUGAUUGGAUUCAUUAAUCAAAAUCGCUAAACGGAUUAAUUUGAUUAAUUAUUUGUUUAACAGUUUUGAUUUGUUUGUUUAUGUCUGUAAAUUUAUGUUUGUUUAAUUUCAAUCAAAAUUCAAACUUUUUUUAAUUUCUUUAUAAUCACUCUGUUUUAAUCUUUAUGUCUUGUAAUACAGAGGGGUGAAAAAUAAAAAUUGAAUCUUUUUUUUUUUUCUAAAACACAUACAAAAUUUUAAAAUACAUAUGAAUUUGUAACUGACUUGCCGCCCUGAGAUUGUGUCACAAAGGGGCAAGUUAACUUUACCGUCCAUGUUAAUUCCUCUAAUAUUACGUUAUUGGGAAUUCCAACCUGGAAUCUAACGCAUGAAAUUUUGGGAACGGGGAUGACCGCCUGAGCCAGGGUUCGUUCUUAAUUUUUUGAAAAAUCAUUAAUUUUUUCCGCCCAUCUUUUCUAUUUUUUCUCCCCCACCUUUAAAAGAUUGGUGCUUUUUAUUUAUUCUCUAGUCUAGUCCUCUCCUUAUCUUUUCUCUGUUUUCUUUUUCUCUAGAGAGUCUCUGCUUCUGCUCAGUUCUCUGUUUGCAACAUGGAAUAAGGGAGCGUUUUUUUUUCUAUCUAUCUAUAUCUAUCUAUACAUAUAUAUAUAUAUAUAGAGAGAGAGAGACAGAGACAGAAACAGAGAAAAAAGUGGUUGUUUUGGAGCGUUUUUUCUGUACAAACUCCACUUGGUCAUUUUUUGUUUUGGUUUUUGUUUUAGUUUCAGAGUAUCCAAAAUCAAAAUCAUCUACUCUUCUUGUUCUUGUUUCUUCCUCUGUUUCUCUUCUCACUUUUCAAAUUCAAAAUUGAAUCUCAGAGAUUGAUUAAAAAAUGGGGAGAACAACAAGAUGGUUUAAGGGUUUAUUUGGAUCAUCAUCAUCAUCAUCAAAGAAUAAAGAAAAUUCAUCAUCAACAGCAUCAGCAACAACACCAACCAGAGCAUCACCAAUGUCAAAGAACAGUAAUACAGUGGAUAAUCAUCAUCAUCAUUAUCAAAGAGAUAGAAUCAAUGAUAAGAAAAGAUGGAGUUUUGCAAAGACUAGUACUACUGGUAAAGAAUCACCGAAUCAGAUUCUUCAGAAUAAUAUCAUUCCAGUGAAUAUACCAGAAGCUGAAGCAGCUUGGUUAAGAUCAUUUUACAGUGAAAACAAUGAUCAGAAUCAACAAAAUAAACACGCAAUAGCUGUUGCGGCUGCUACUGCUGCCGCUGCUGAUGCUGCUGUUGCUGCUGCUCAAGCUGCUGUUGCUGUUGUUAGACUUACUAGUCAUGGCAGAGGUGGAAGUUCCAUGUUUAGUAAUGGUGGUAGCAGAGAAAAAUGGGCUGUCAUUAAGAUUCAAUCUCUUUUUAGAGGAUUCUUGGCAAGAAAAGCAUUAAGAGCAUUAAAAGGACUAGUGAAGCUGCAAGCAGUAGUUAGAGGGUAUCUGGUUAGAAAACAAGCUACAGCAACACUUUACAGUAUGCAAGCUCUAAUCCGAGCACAAAAUACUGUUCGAUCGCAGCAACGAACACGGAGUUUCUCGCGUAAAGAUCAUAAGUUUCAGCCUCCAAUUCGUUCUAGAUACUCACUUGAUGAUUCAAGGAGUGAGUAUACUUCUUCGAUUCACAGUAGAAGAAUUUCUUCAUCAAUUGAAACAACUAUGAACAACUUGGAAGCGGAGAGCCCGAAAAUCGUCGAAAUCGAUACGAAUUACAGGCUGAAAUCCUCUUCAAGAACUCGAAGACCAAAUGUGACAUCAAUGUCUGAUCUUUCAGAAGAAUACCAUCAAAUCCCACCGCGUUUAUCGAUUCCGGAUAACUCGCGAAACUACCCGGAGAACGAUUGGGGUUUUAUAAGGGAACAUCAAGAUUACAUGAACAAGUACUCAUCAGCAACAGCACAAAGCACACCAAGAUUUGCAUAUUCAGCAGGGUUUAGCAACGGCAGCGGCUUACCGGUCACACCAGCAAAAAGUGUAUGUGCAAACUCGCAUUACAACUAUUCAUGUUAUCCAAGUUACAUGGCAAAUACUCAAUCGUUCAGAGCAAAAGUAAGGUCUUCAAGUGCGCCUAAACAAAGGCCAAGUGCAGUGCCAAGUCCUAGGAAGAAGCUGUCAUUGAUUAAUAAUGACAUGGUGGAAUCAAGGAUUAGUUUAAGCAGUAAUGUUAAGAUGAGAAAGUCAUGUUCUCAAGUUCAAGAUGUUUUGAAUUUUAAGAAUACUGUAAUGGGUAAUAUUGGAUUAGCAGAAGCAUCAGCAUCAGAAGAAGAGAUUGGCACUAAAGGAGACGGCCACCAGGGAGGAGGAGGAGAUUAUUUGCAAAGUAGAUGGUAGUGGUGUGAAAUCAAGAAAAAAGAAAAAUGUUUGUUCAUGAGUUUGAAUAAAGCUGUCUAAUUAGGCUUUUGUCUCUUAAUCUUUUUACUUAACCUUGAUUUUUCAUUGACUAAUUCACUAUUUCUAUUACAAAGUAAUCCAACAAUAUAACAUGAAAUGCAUUUGUAAAUGAGUAAUUCAUCACUUUUUCGGGUUCUUGGUCA